GAUUAGAAACGUCGCACUUGAGUACCUCGGGUCCACCCUUCCAACGGAUAAAAACCUCAUCUAGUCUCGUCUUCUUCCUCUCGCUGCCGAAUCUUACCCGACCCGAAUUCCGAUUGCAAUUUCCCCUAAUUCUUGUCCCUUUUUCGAAAUGGCUCCUACGAAUCCGGAAACCUGGACCCAUGGACCUUCCAUUAUCAAGGAGAACGAACUUCGAGAGGUGGCCGCGCUCCUGGGCAAGGGCUUCUGGGUCCACCAUCCCGAUGCUGUUGGGGGAAUCAGUCUAUCCUACAAUCCAAACCCCCAAAAAUACAUGGUCAUGCAGUACCACUCUGUGGAAAAUGGUUUUAGAUUGCCCCUCCACGGUCUGCUUCGCGACCUCUGCCUCCAUUUUGGAUUUGCUCUGGGUCAACUAACCGCCAACGCGCACAAGUAUGUCGUGUCUUACAUCCUACGGUGUUGUGCCCUGGACAGAACCCCAAAAUUGGAUGAGUUCCUUCUCCUCUUCAGUAUCGGUGGUUUCCCCUUCUACAGCCUAUAUCCCCACAACCAUUACCCAAUUUUUGAGAAGUCCAACCCGGCUAUGAGCUCUACCGGGAAUCAACCCCAGGGCGAUUCCACCGCCUUGGCUAUUUGCAAGCCGGUUGCUGCACUGGAGGCCGUUCCUAUCUCUGCCAUUCCUGGGCUCAGGAGGCCCAUCCCAUCCCAGAAACGACCUAGAGAAGGAGUUACUGACGAUGAUUUCCUUCCCAAGAAGCAUAGGGGUGAUGGUACUUCUGUUUCACCCAGCCCCGUGUCAACUUCUUCUGGUACUCAGAAUACCACCUCUGCUGCUGCACCCGGAGGUUUAGAGCUACCCCGUCCGGAGAGCCUGGAUCAUGAGGCAGAUGAACUUUCAGACCAAGUACCACUCAAAAAACCAGCGGUGCAGUCUCAGCCUGAUGCAAACAAUUCCCUCCCUCAAACUGCAUCUACCCCCCAAGAGCUGGAGAUAGAAGUUGAGGAGCAGGAAGAACCAGGGUCUUCUUCUGCAGCAGAGGUGGAGAUUGAAAUUCAGAAAGUGUCGGACGCCCCUUCCACGUCAGAGAAGGAAGCUGUAGAGCAAAACGAUGCCGAGGUUCCUCCAGAGAUGAGGAGAGAGACUGAGACGCAGCAAAAUCAGGAGGAGCAGCGGGAACCGGAGGAACGACGUCCCGCCACCGCACCUUCGGCCGUCAGUCUCCCCAUUCGGCGCAAGUUCAUGCCGCAAACUUAUCCUGUUUUUACAGAGGGUUGGGCAAGCUUCUCCCGUGUCCGGAAGGAAAAGGAGUUUGAAAGGAGAUUAUGCGAAGGAUCAGAUAUGAUGCAGAAAAUGCUGGAUGACUUCCAAAGAGAGAGACUAGAAGCUGAGGCUAAAGCUGAUAAAUUAGUCAAUGAUCUCUGUAAGGCUAUUGAGCUUAAACGCUCCCUCCAAUCUCAAGAUCAAAUGAGGGAGAUUAAUGCUCAAAAAGAGGCUCUAGAACCUAAGGCCAACCCUAAACCAUUCAACCAUCAGAAGGAGGAGGAAAUUUUGCCUAUGGCAAUAAACGACCAUAUCCUUAAUUGUGUUGAAGACACACCUCUAGAGGAACCUGUUCUGGAGGAGAUAGAGCCCACUACCUACCCCCAAGAUUCCAACAUUCAAGAGUCUAAGGAGGAAUCUAUAGACGAAGAAAUACCUAGCACAGAGGAACCAAUAACGUCUAUAGAUAAUCAUGCUUCAUCAGGAGACUUAGACCAAACUUUCUUUGACUCCCUACUUGACGGGUGUGACUUUGUCUGCCCGAAGGAUAGUUGGAGCCAAAAGAGUUGGGAUGAACUUUUGGUAAGUGACACUGAAGACUCAUCCAUGGGGGAAAGCACGGUCGUAAUCAUCAAACCACAAAUGGAUGGUCAGCCUGUUGAAGAUAAGAAAAAAAUCAAUCUCGCUAUGAAGGCCAAUGAUGUGGAUCAACUGAGGAGACUUCCGCCACCACCCACCUAUCUAGAGUCUCCUCUUUUUAUCCUGUUGCCGCCAAGCCGCAGGGACGAGUCAAGGAUCCUGGACCUUGACCGAGCAACAAAUCAAACAAGGUAUUUGGCCCAGAUUGCUUAUAAUAAGGAGGACAAGGAGGCACGUCCGAGAAGGCAGCAUGCAAUCCCCAUGACCCUUCGCGAGCUUUCGCAGGCUAUGUUUGCAUUUCAAGAUUCUGUAGACUCUCGCUUAAGGAGCAUGGAGACGCUCCUUCUCACGCAACAAUGGCAGGUGGAGGAAAUACUUGAAUACACUCGGGAGCAAGGAACAAAGAAGGCCGAGCAUAAGGAAGGGAUCAAGUUCGGGCUUGAACGAGCUUCAGAGAAGGUAAAAUCGACAUUCAGGCCGAAAAUCAGUGAAAUUGGGCCAAGAUCUCGUAACAGCCGCGAAGCCCAACGGACCAAGGCCUCAAGGCGUCCAACUUGGACGCUUGGCCAAGUUGGACGCUUGGAGUUGGACGCCUUGGCUGGAUUGCAGACUAAGGAAGACACGUGGCAAAACCUGGCCCAGCAAUCACUCCUCACUUUGACUGAGGAGUACCUGGGUGGAGCAUCAGGGAACUACCAGGCUGUAGUGCUCCUGAAGGAGAAGGAGUUGGCUGCCAGGGCUUUACAACAGAAGGAGCAGAUCGCUGCUUACCAAAGGGGGACUCAGGAUCUGGAAGCGCAAUUUGACAGACUCCGGGCACAAAUCUCCACCCUGGAAUCAAGGGCCUCCGCUUCAGAAGACAAGGUGGGAAAUCUAGAAGAUGGAUUGGUUGAAAAGGAGUCCCGGAUCUCUGAGCUGGAGAAUUCCCUCCAAGAGGCCAAGCAUGAGAGUUCCCGUUUCAAUGAAUUCGCACUGAAACAGAUGGAAGCGAGACGGCUUAUCCUUGAGAAACUAAAGGAAGAGAAACAGACUACAAGCGAGCUACGGUUAAGGAUGGAUGAACUGGAGAAGACAACUGCUGCCCAUCAAGAGGAGGUUGCCACUCUGACUGCCCGCGCUGAAGCCCUUUAUGAAGAAGGGAAGUUUGACAUGCAACAAUGCAUCUACGAGGCAGUUCAGAGUGGUCUUCCGGAAAACCGAUCCUUGGACGACUUCAUCUCUUACUAUGGGUUACCUCUUCCUCUUUCUCCCCCAGCUUCUCGUGCAGAUCCGGGGCCCUGACCUUAUUCUUCUCUGUCGCAUGUUGUAUUUUGCUUUGUAACAUUUAGAUGGUGGUGAAUUGAUAACACUUGAUGUAUUUAGUCCGCACAGACUCCUUCUAUUAAUCUAACUGUUUCCCUUUUGGAACUCUUGUUUCGCCCUAGGACUUAGAAGAUUUUUUUUUAUCCGCCUAGGCUUUGGGCUUAACUGCAUU